CAGCAGGUGGCGCUGAUCGAUCAAUCCUUGCGUUACAAGCGGCGUAAAGAAGAAGCCCUCGUGGUGUGCUAGUGUGGUUCAUGCUCGGAAACUCUAAAACUACGGACAUUUCAUCGAGAUAAAUUCAUUUUUGAAGUUGCUAGCGUGCACAGUCAGGGUCCAUGGCCUCCUACACGUGCAUCAGCUGCAGAGUGGCCUUUGCCGACGGCGAGGUCCAGCGGGCGCACUACAAAACCGACUGGCACCGGUACAACCUGAAGCGAAAGGUGGCGGACAUGCCGCCCGUCACCGCCGAGAACUUCCAGGAGCGAGUCCUGCAGCAGAGGGCCGCCGCCGAGCAGCAGCUGAGCGAGUCCACCGCCACAGAGGUCUGCGGCGUCUGCAACAAGAGGUUCUCCAGCGCCAACGCCCACCAGAACCACCUGCAGUCCCACAAGCACCAGCAGGCCGAGAAGCAGGCCCUGCUCGCCGCCCAGAGGAAGGUGGAGAAGAUGAACGAGAAGAACCUGGAGAAGGGGCUCGGCGAGGAGAAGGUGGAUCAUGACACGAGGAACCAGGCGCUGCAGCAGGCCCUCAAAGAGCAGCAGAGGCCCAGUUCUGCCAAGCAGACGGGGGGCCAGACUUCACAAGGAGCCUCCAAGCAGAGAACAGAGCGAAGUGAGCAGCCGCCCAGGAGCAUGUGGCUGGAGGAGCAGGUGAAGAGGAGGGAGAAGGAGGAAGGAGCACCUGCUGAAGAGGAGGAGUGGGAGGACAUGGAAGAGGAGGAGGAGGACGAGGACAUGGAUGAAGAUGAAGAGGAGGAGGAGGAGGCGGCAGAUCAGAAGGAAGGUGACUCUGCGGGUCCAUCAGGCUCCGCCCCUCUGCCUGGUUCCCUCCCCGUCACUGACUGCCUGUUCUGCCCGCACCACUCCAAGUCGCUCCUGAAGAACGUGGCCCACAUGACCAAAGUGCACGGCUUCUUCAUCCCAGACGUGGAGUUCCUGGUGGACCUCAGGGGCCUGAUCCGGUACCUGGGAGAGAAAGUUGGAGCUGGGAACGUGUGUUUGUGGUGUAACGAGAAAGGCCGCUCGUUUUACUCCACGGAGGCCGUCCAGAGUCACAUGACCGACAAAAGCCACUGCAAGCUCUUCACAGACGGAGACGCCGCGCUGGAGUUCGCAGACUUCUACGACUUCAGGAGCAGCUACCCUGACAGGAAGGAGGGAGAGGAUGAGGAGAUGGAUGAAGAGCUGCCCGAUGACAGGAACCUGGAGUGUGACGAGGACACGCUGGAGCUGACUCUCCCAUCAGGUGCAAAGGUCGGCCACCGCUCCCUGGUGAGGUACUACAAGCAGCGAUUUGGGACGCAGCGAGCGCUGGUUCUGAGCCACAACACCAAGGCGGUGGGCAGAGUCCUCAAGCAGUACAAGGCGCUGGGCUGGGGAGGAGACGCAGGCAGCAGCUCGACACUUCAGAGGCAGAGAGACAUGCAGUUCGUCCAGAGGAUGAAGUCCAGGUGGAUGCUGAAGAUGGGGAUGAGCAACAACGCCAACAAGCAGAAGCACUUCAGAGCCCAAGUCAUGUUCUAGAACGCUUCUGGAGGUGAAGGCGACCCGGGUGGGACGCAUCAGGACUCUGAUAACCUGCCAGACGCUGGGUUGGAAGUCCUUCACUGAAAGAGUCUGACAAACUUUUUGAUUUACCAUCGCCGUUUAUUUAAUCUGUGGAGAAGAUAUUUUUCUGAAGGCCACAGCUCGACUUGUGUUUGUCACAAACCUCACACAAACAUCUCCUUUCACAUUGAUUCAUCAACAUCAACCAUAACCUGAAUAAACUAUAUUUUGCUGAAUAAAUAAAAUAGUUUCAGGAAGAAUCCGCUAAACUUCAAAAGCUAGUCACCUGCUGAGGAGAGGGCGGAGCCUGGAGGACACCGUAACCUUCAAGUGGAGGUUCAGGUCUCUGCUCAUAAGUGAUAAUGGUUCUUUAGAGUGCUCAGGUCCAAGUCCCUAACCCUGGUCUGACUUCAAUAGAGCUGUAUAUCAACUUAAAUGAUGAAUAGAUUUAUAUUCCUGUGAUCAACCAGAUCGAUCUGUCUGAGGUAAAGUGUUAGUCGAUUCCACCCCCACCAUUAUACAAUCCUUUCAAAAUAAAAUAAUCGAUUAUAUUGAAAUUGGGAAAUAGCAUUUGGACUGACCGUGGGAUGAACUUUAAGAAACUAAAAUGUGAAUGGGUUUGACAUUAAUUCUUGUUUUCUUGUUUGUACACAUUUAAAUUACACUUUAUCUUGCAAGAAAUAAAAGGAAUCUGGUAACUUCA